CUCUGCUCUUCCUUCCCCSACUCCACAGAGCCCUCUUGGAGCAGAAGGAAAAACUCCAGCGUCUGUCACCGCUACAAGGAGCAGAGCAGCUCCUCGCCCGCCCCAAAAUGAUGGAAAAUGAAGUGUUUAUGUCAUUUACGUUCUACAGCACGGUCUUGAUCGUAAAAAUGUACGUYGUUGCCAUCAUUACGGGACAAGUAAGGCUCAGAAAGAAGGCGUUCGCCAACCCCGAGGAUGCGCUGCGCAACGGAGGCCUGCAGUACUGCCGCGAGGACCCCGACGUGGAGCGCUGCCGCAGGGCCCAUCGCAACGACAUGGAGAACAUCUUUCCCUUCCUCUUCCUCGGAGCCRUCUACUCCUUGCUGGAGCCCAGCCCCGCGGUGGCGAGGAUCCACUUCCUCACCUUCUGCGUGGGGCGCCUGCUGCACACCGUGGCCUACCUGCUGAAGCUGAAGGCRCCCACGCGCUCCGUGGCCUACAGCGUGGCCCAGCUGCCCUGCUUUUCCAUGGCUCUGCAGAUCCUCGUGGCCACCGUCGCCUACUGGUAACCAACGCGGGCGCCCAGACCCCAGCGGGGCUCCCUCGGGAAGAAGGGGCCCCCUGACCUCCUGCUCUCUGCUGCUGCUUCGACGCAAAGAUUUCCCCAUCCGGGCCAGAUGCUCCAUGUGCCCUUGUGUGUGCGUGCGUUGUAGCGAGGCAGCCUGCACUGCAGGGACACUCCACGAAGCUCU